UGUGCUGCCAGCAUGAGAGGUAUAUUUCUGGCUGUGUUAUUGCUGCAAGUGCUGGUGGUAUGGGCCCUGAAUUGUCAGCCCUGUAAACUGCUGGAAGCUCGUAAGACCCAUGCAAAUGAAACACAGAAGCAACCAAGGGGCUAAGAAAUAGAAGAAUAUUUUUGUGUGUGCAAAAUAAUUGG